AUGACAUCAUUCCUCCCAGCUGGAAGCUGUCUCCUAGACAACCACACAACGACAGCGAUAAGAUUUUUUGAGAACAAGUGUCUUAAAAUGCUUCCAGCAGCUUUGACUAUUCUUCUUAUCCAAUUAUUAAUUGGACUUGCCCAGUCGGUUGCCAUGAUAAUGGGAGGACAUCAUUCGAAAGGCCCUGCUCCACCAAUUUCUUGGUUUUUCUUAAUCAUGUUUUUCUUUUGUCUAGCUGUUGGAUUAAUGUUAGCUAUCGGAUGUUGCUGCAAUAAAAAGUUGAGAGCUGAAUAUUGUGGAGGGAAGAAGUCACAGGAUAUUCAAAGAAGUGUUCAGUACACGGUGUAA